AUGACAGGCCCUUCAGUAAACGGUUCUACCGGGCCUACGGAGCGUUCUGCGUUGCUGAAUGCCGAAGAACGAACAGAUGCGAAUGGUUACCUGGCGAAUGAUUCUCAUCAUAAGAAUGAUAACCGCUGGACUCAGUGGCCGAUGAAGGUUGCUCAUUUGACUUGGUCGACUGUUGUGCGGGACUACGUCAACAUUUUCCUCUUCUUCGUUCCUCUUGGAAUCGUCUCUGGUGCGCUUCAUUGGGAUGCUUCAGCCAUCUUCGUGCUUAAUUUCUUCGCUAUUAUCCCGCUAGCUUCCCUGCUGAGCUUUGCCACCGAGGAACUAGCGGCCUCUACUGGCCAGGCACUUGGCGGGUUGAUGAAUGCGACCUUUGGGAAUGCUGUGGAGCUGAUCGUUAGCAUCAUCGCGCUCAAGGACAACCAAGUCCGUGUUACCCAGGCCAGUAUGCUCGGGAGCAUUCUCUCAAAUAUUUUGCUUGUUCUCGGUUGCUGUUUCUUUGUUGGUGGGCUUCGAUAUUCUGAACAGUCAUUUAACACCACUGUCGCAUCGACCAUGUCGUCUCUUCUGACUAUCGCGUCUGCCUCGCUGAUUAUCCCUGCCGCUCUCUCCGCGACGCUCAAGUCGAUGUCCCAUCCUGAGCCAGGAGAUGGUCCCAGCCCCGAAGUUCUGCUCCUGUCGCAUGGAACGUCAAUUAUCCUGCUAGGCGUCUAUGUUAUGUACCUCUACUUUCAGCUGAAGUCACACUCCCAGCUCUUUGAGGAGACCCCGAGUGACGCAGAAGACGUGGAAGUCCAGGGUGAGAAUAUUGAGGAGGAAGAGCACCUACUUGGACCUUGGGCUGCCACCAUCGUUUUGGUUAUUGUUACGCUUCUCGUGGCAAUCUGUGCAGAUUACCUUGUAGGGAGCAUCGAUAGUAUUGUUCAGAAGACUGGAAUGAGCAAGACGUUCAUUGGUCUCGUGCUUAUUCCCAUCGUUGGCAACGCUGCGGAACAUGUUACGGCCGUCGUCGUUGCCUGGAAGGACAAGAUGGAUCUUGCGAUUGGUGUUGCUGUUGGAAGCAGCUUGCAGAUUGCUCUUUUCGUCACACCUUUCCUAGUCAUUCUUGGUUGGAUCGUGGACGUUCCUAUGACUCUGGACUUCCAUACUUUCGAAACCGUUACCUUCUUCAUUGCUGGCCUGGUUGUCACAUACCUCAUCCAAGAUGGGAAGUCCAACUAUCUCGAGGGUGGUCUGUGCCUGGGAAUGUACAUGAUACUGGCGAUUGCAUUCUACGUCUACCCCGAUGAGCCCACUAUCGGUGGCAUUUUCAGCACUCUUUCGGGCAGGUGA